AUGAGCACGAAUAGAAGUAAACGAUUGCUGAAAAAUGACGACAAUGUUAUACUGGAAAUCAAUACACAUUUGGACAUUCAUUUGGAUUUACCACCUGCCGACAACAACAGCACCGCAGUCGUAGCUCCAACACCUACAAUGCCACUUCGUCAAGCAUUGGAAGGCGUAGCAGACUCGGGACUCCGUCUAUUACGUAUUCGAGAUCUCCCAAGCUGGACGAACAGAGCUUGUCCCUCAUUACGAGAUAUCUUGUCAAUGAAUGGACCAUUGCAACGAGUGCUUCAACUCAACUUUAUGUUUGAACUCGACUGGUUUAUGAACCAGAUUCCAGUUGAAUCAAGACAUGUGCCUAUAUACAUCAUUCAUGGGAUGAGGAAUGUUGAGCCUGAUCCGAGGAGCUGGGGUGACAAUGUGAAGGUUAGACGAGCUGAGGUUCCUGAUGCUUACGGCAGGUUUGGCACUCAUCACACAAAGGCAAUGGUACUUCAGUUUCAAGAUGACACUCUUCGUAUCGUUAUACACACUGCAAACAUGAUCUCUCGCGACUGGACUAAUAAAUCGCAAGGAGCUUGGAUCUCGCCACCUCUCAAGCGGAAAAGUGCUGGGCAAGCAGCUUCUCGCUUUGAGCGGGAUUUGAUUUCAUAUUUCGAAGCCGACUCAUAUAAAACGGUACUACCGUCAUGGUGUAAACUAAUCAAGGAGUAUGAUUUAAGCCCCUGUCGAGCUGUGCUCAUUGGAAGUAUACCAGGUCGUCAUAAAAACGGUGAUUUGCACAAAUGGGGUAUUGGGAGGAUGGCAAAUGUGCUUAAGGAUGUUGGGUCUGAAGCUGAAGGAAGCAUUAUUGCUCAGUACUCUUCUAUGGGAUCACUUGGCAGCAACGAUGAAUGGCUGAAGGAAACUUUCCGCAGGGCCUUGUCACAAUCUACUACGUUGAACAGUGGUAUUUUAGCAAAGCAGGCCUCUCGUCUUCCGGAUUUGAAGUUGGUGUAUCCAACUGUAGAAGACAUUCUUACAAGUCUUGAAGGUGUUGAUGGUGGUGAAUCUGUGCGGCUAAGCGGAGAGAACUGGUCUAAGCAACGAAAUUACCUUCAACCAAUAUUGCAUCGCUGGCAGUCCCGCGAUCAAGGUCGAUAUACUGCUAUGCCACAUAUCAAAACAUAUACACGAGUGAAUGGAGCUGGUAGUAUCGCAUGGCACUAUCUUGGCUCGCACAAUCUGUCUAAAGCUGCCUGGGGAUCGCUGGAAAAGGACAAGAGCCAGCUGUUUAUAAGGUCGUUUGAAUUGGGGGUCCUGGUUUAUCCACAGCUCUUCGAGGACGCUGGCAUCAACGAAGUCACAAUGGUCAACACUACUCCCGUAGCACUUCCAGAAUCACUCUGGCUUAAUAUCCCAAACGGUCAGCCCUAUAAGAGCCAGUCAAACAUCGUUCGCAUUCCAAUUCGCUUACCUUAUGACGUCCCUUUGGUACAAUAUACAGCUCGUGACAUUGCAUGGAACGACGGAAACGAUCCCAGGGCGCAACAGCACCGUUAA